AUGACUCAUGCCUUCCGUGCCUUGGGUUUGUUCGUCAGUAGAUCAGCAGCGAAAUCUCAGCCGUCUCUGCUGCUGCGUCUCUUGCGCAGCUGUUUGCCCGGUCUCACGCGAGUCUCCUUUAAAAGAGAAAAAACAAGCUUCAAUCUGUGUUAUGUGGAUGCUAAAGGUUGUCGAAAGGUGGCCUGGUUGAAAACGCUCCGAACAUCAUCUUCGCGGGUGAGGGAUAAAGUGGGUCUUCUGGACCCGCCGGGUGGAGGGGGUGGUGACUCAGGGUUCAGCUGGAGUUACAAGUUGCGGAUACAGAAGGUGGAUGUGUCGACGAGGGGCCGUAUACCUGCUCCAUCCAGGACCAAACAGCAGCCCAAGACGUCACAGGUCUAUCUCAUCGUUCAAGUUCCUCCAAUCAUCUAUAAAGUUUCGGACGACAUCAUUGUGAACGAGGGCAGUAAUGUGACGUUGACGUGUUUGGCCAAUGGGAGGCCAGAUCCCUCCAUCACCUGGAGACUGCUCAACCCGUCAGCCGAGGCUCUGGACGUGGGCGAGUAUCUGGAGAUCUCUGGGAUCAUUCGCUCUCAGGCCGGACGUUACGAGUGUAAAGCGAGCAAUGACGUCUCCACUCCUGAUGUCAAAUACGUCAGCGUGGUGGUGAACUACCCGCCGUACAUCAAGGAUGUGCGGAGCUCCGAGACGCCGGUGGGACAGGCUGGAGUCCUGCACUGCGAGGCGUCUGCGGUUCCUCAGCCUGAGUUUGAGUGGUACAGAGACGAGCGCAGACUGUCCAGCUCUCAGAGCGUCAGUAUUCAGAUCAAGCGGCUCUCUCGCACGCUGCUGGUGGUCGCAAACGUCACAGAGGACGAUUACGGAAACUACACGUGUGUCGCCACCAACAGACUGGGAAUCCACAACGCCAGCGUGUUCCUCUACAAACCAAGCACUGGGCGGGACAUCAACGCCUCAGGCUGCGCCUGUCAAUCAUUCUGGCUCCUCCUCCUGUCUGUUCUCUCGGCUCUUCUGAAGUGUUAAUGUUGAACGCAGAUGCUCUGAUUGUCUCAGACUGUUUCCAUCCGUCCAUCCACGCUCACCGUUACGCCCCGGCAAGGACGACCGUCUUAUUUUCAGGAAAAAAGUAUGACGUAGAAAAGAAAGAAGGUGCUCUUCUUAAGGCAAGAAUAUUGUCAUUUAACCGAUUCAAGCACUUAAUUCCAGUGACGCGCGUCUGUCUGUCGUCUGAGUGCAUGUGUGUGAUUUACCACAGAAACCCGGAGUGUCUAGAAAAAUGGUUCAUUUCAUUGUGUUUUCCCAUAAUUCCCUGCAGCCUGUUCCCAAAUCUGCCUAAUGUAAGCUAAUGAAGGAAAGCUAGAAUCAUGUAAAGUUUAGAUGUGGUUUAGGACUAAUGACUAGCAGAAGGGACUGAAACACAGUAUUUUUUCUGCUGAAUCUUCAGGCUUCAUGAAGAUUCUCUGAGAUCAGAACAAUCAUGUGCUGUUUGAGACACACUCGGCCGUCAGUGUUUGUUAUGAUGGAUCAGAGAAUCUUUUCACAGAGGCAGAACAGACCCGCCCCCGUAAACCCCGCCCACAUGUGUAGCCCCACCCACUAAUA